UCUCGAUGUGAUGUACGUAUCUAAUUCAGCGCCCCUUGUUAGCUCCUGUGACCACAGCCGGAGAGGAAUGGCUUCAGGCCCACCGAGGUCAGCCUUUCGUGUCGGACUUGUUUUUACUGUAAAAGAAGCGCAACGCUUGAAGGUGUUGAUAAUCCAAGGGACAUCCUGCCCCUGAAUAAGGAUGGUUACGCAGCUGUUAACCACGGAAGACACUGUCCGUGAGGAUAUUCCUGUGUGCAGAAGAGGUGUCCAUUCGACCGCCCCCCUACAAUGCAGAUACAUCACCCUGGGAAUCGCUGAAGCAGUUUCGUGCAGGAGGCAUUGCUGAGAUUCCCCUUGCAGCAAUGGACUUGGAUAAACCAUCCGUCUGGGGAUCCCUGAAACAGAAAACUAGACCCUUCCUGCAAAACCUAAGCGUGAGGAAGACAAAGAAGAGGUCUAGCAAAAUGGUGGAGAGGAAGGUCCACUCCUUGGACCGACGCCUCAGCAUGUCGGUGCCUGACAUGCUGGAGGUGGAGACUGUUACGGAAGAAGAAACGACUUAUUCGAGUACUCGGGUGUUGUCGAGCUGCUCCCCCAAGAGCUUCUCCAGGUCUGUGGUGUCCCUGAAAAGCAGAAGCACUUCGGUGAGGCCGGCGGGAGAGGACUGGCCAUGGGCACCGCAGCAGGCGAUGUGCACGGAGGUGACAGUCGCCCACCCGGACACGCAAGUCGUGGGCAGCCCCGUGUCCGAGGGGAAGAGGAAAUCCAGUGAUGACCUCUUUGAGCUGCUGCAGAGAGCUCGUCUGAGCGCUGCUCUGUCGGAUGAGGGGGCAGAGUACCCAUGUGGAGAAAUGGAUCUAGACUCUUCCAUAUCGUCUCAAAUUUUUGAUGAUCAGAUGGCUCUGGAGGAAGCAAACGAUUGCUUGAGUGACCUGCCCAGCCCCUUUGCCUACCUGCUGACCAUCCACCUGAAGGAAGGUCGGAACCUGGUUAUCAGAGAUCGCUGUGGUACAAGUGACCCCUAUGUGAAGUUUAAACUGAAUGGGAAAACUCUAUACAAAAGUAAGGUAGUCUACAAGAACCUCAACCCAGUUUGGGAUGAAACUGUUGUGCUGCCUGUACAGACCCUCGAUCAAAAACUCUGGAUCAAGGUGUACGAUCGAGAUUUAACCUCUUCAGACUUCAUGGGUUCGGCAUUUGUAGCGCUCAGUGAACUUGAACUCAAUAGAACUACUGAACAGGUUUUAAAACUGGAAGAUCCCAACAGUUUAGAAGAUGACAUGGGAGUGAUUGUAUUAAACUUGAGUCUAGCAGUCAAGCAAGGAGACUUCAAGAGAAAUAGAUGGUCAAGUCGGAAGAAGCGAACUUCAUCCAAGUCAAGUUUCAUGCGGAGCGUGCGACUCUCCGACUCUCUGCGCAAGAACCAGUUGUGGAAUGGGCUGGUCAGCAUCACGCUUUUGGAGGGGAAGAACAUCCCUGGAGGGGGCUUGGCAGAGAUUUUUAUUCUUCUCAAACUGGGAGAUCAAAGAUACAAGAGUAAGACACUGUGUAAGAGUGCAAAUCCUCAGUGGAGGGAACAGUUUGAUUUUCACUACUUCUCUGACAGGAAGGAUAUGUUGGACAUUGAGGUCUGGAGAAAGGAUAACAAAAAGCAUGAGGAGCUUUUGGGAACGUGCCAAGUUGACGUUACUGCCCUGCCGAUGAAGCAGACCAAUUGCUUAGAGCUGCCUCUGGAAAAACAUCCAGGGUCCCUGCUAAUGUUGAUUGCUGUUGCCCCGUGUACAGGAGUGUCUAUCUCUGAUCUGUGUGUCUGCCCUUUGGGAGACCCCAGUGAAAGGCAACAGAUUUCACAGCGCUAUUGUAUAAAGAAUUCCUUUCGGGACUUAAAGGACAUUGGCUUCUUACAAGUCAAAGUUUUAAAGGCGGUGGAUCUGUUGGCAGCAGACUUUGCAGGUAAAAGUGAUCCUUUCUGUGUGUUAGAGCUGGGAAAUGACAGUCUUCAAACACACACUGUUUACAAGAACCUCAAUCCAGAGUGGAAUAAAGUGUUCACGUUCCCUAUUAAAGAUAUUCAUGAUGUUCUGGAAGUGACAGUGUUUGAUGAAGAUGGAGAUAAACCCCCUGAUUUUCUUGGAAAAGUUGCCAUCCCUUUGCUGUCUAUUAGAAACGGUAAACAAAGUUGUUACACACUGAAGAAUAAAGACUUGGAACGUGCUUCAAAAGGAGUAAUUUACUUGGAGCUGGAUGUCCUAUUUAAUCCUGUAAAAGCAAGUAUUAGAACAUUCAGGCCCCGAGAAAAGCGCUUCACUGAGGAGAACCGCAAAUUUUCUAAAAAGAUCUUAUCAAGAAAUGUUGAUCGCGUGAAAAAAAUCACCAUGGCAAUAUGGAAUACAAUACAAUUCCUUCGGAGCUGCUUUCUCUGGGAGUCCACGGUAAAGAGCAUGAUAGCAUUUGUGGUAUUUGUGGUCACUGUCUGGAGCGUGGAACUGUACAUGGUGCCCCUGGCUCUUCUGGUGCUCUUUGCAUACAACUUCUCCCUCGUCACAACAGGGAAGGUCAACAACACCCAAGAUGCCCAGGAGCUUGUGGGCUUGGAUGAAGAUGAGGAUGAAGACGAUAAGGAAUCUGAGAAAAAGGGGUUAAUUGACAGAAUCCAUAUGGUCCAAGAAAUCAUCAUAGCUGUUCAAAGCAUCCUAGAAGAAGUAGCAUCAUUUGGAGAGAGGAUUAAAAACACAUUCAACUGGACGGUGCCUUUCCUCUCUGUCUUGGCGUGCUUGGUCCUGGCAGCAGCAACAGUUAUUUUGUAUUUUAUACCACUGAGGUACAUUGUUUUAAUCUGGGGCAUAAAUAAAUUUACUAAGAAGCUUAGAAAUCCCUACACCAUCGACAAUAAUGAGUUCCUAGAUUUCCUCUCCAGGGUACCAUCUGAUGUUCAAAAGGUGCAGCAUGCUGAAUUGAAACCAUACAGCAGCUCCAGUCCCAUUAGGAAGAAGCGGAGUGCGCUAUAGGAUGCAGCGUGAUUUCGGAAUGCAGCAUCUCCCUCUGUACCCCCUACACGUGCACACACGUUUCCCCCCUCCCCUUCUUGCUUCAGAACAACACUAUAAUCACCGUCACAGACUUUUUUUUCUUUUUUGAAGAUGUGGGUUUUGAUAAACACCUAUCUUGGGUUGUCUUUUUUGGGUUGUCUUUUAAGCAUAGAGUCAUAGCCCAGAAAAGAGCAAGGUGGAAUGUAUGAACUGUUUUUUGGGGUGGGGAGGAAAAUGGGACGGGAUGGUGCAUCUGCACCUUUUUUUGUUUCUUUUUUUUUCCCCCUUCGAUUGUAGAGGCAAGGCUGGAUGUGGCAGCACUCCUUUUAAGUAGAAAGACAUAAUUCCGCUUAGCGUAGCAGAUCAGCUGAGCUGAUGUGAGAAGAUGCUCUGAACCAGUUUUUAACAUAUCCAACAGAUUUACAUUAAGAUAUGAAAGCUAUUCUUUUCUGAGUUAAAUCACUGUGCCUAGGAAGGUUUAAGCUCUGAAUUAACGAGUCUUUGAUACCCAUCUUCUGUUCGAGCAGUGUACAUUUUAAAAAGUUUUUUAUCAUAAUUAGCAGAAAGAGCUAGGAGCUCCAACAGUAUCUCAAUAUUUCAUCCAACACUUGUGGGUUUUUCUUUUUCCCUUUUUUUUUUUUUCCUCCUUCUUUUUUUAAAGCCCACCCUGUGGUUAACUCUUUGGAUACUGGAAUCAUCAGAGAUCCAUUGCUGGCAAUGGAUGCAUGAGAACCUUCUGCCAUGAAAGGAUUAAGAGACUGUAGAAAAGCCUGACUCAUUGACCUGAAAAGACUCUGUUGACUUGCCUUUUAUAAUUCCAUCUCAUCAGAUAUUUUCAGCAUAGCUGUUGUUUUCCUGUCUAAAUCCAGAGGGGUCAACACUACAGAUCCAAGAGAAAAACACUUUAUAGCCUUAAAGAAACAAGUGCUGGUGCAGAAAGAGUGCACGGUGCCCAAAGACAUGGUUGUGCAAUAGUGUGCAGGCUUUGGUCCACCACUGAUGUCUCACUGGAGAAACUAAGAAAUGAAGAGACAGGAGAAAGGACCUCACUUUUUAUUCUGAGGAGAAUGUGAUUUCUUGCUUGCUUACCAAUCUUUUAGUUAUUGUGCUUUUGCUUUAUAUAAUUCAGAUAAUCAGCAUUAUUCUGUUGUUUGACUGGGGAAAUUGAAACACAGAAUCAUGUGUAAACCUGCUUAAUUUUGGUGAGAGUGUAGCCCUCGGUCCUUCAGGUGCCGCAGGACGUUGUGGGAGCAACUUGCCACCGCAACGAGUCACUGGUAGCACGAGAGCUGGACUUGCUUCUUGUGAUUCCCAGGCAGGUGUUACCGCCAGCAUCCCCUGAGGUGGUUCGCAGUACAAAGAAAUAGAUAAUCCCCAGAGACAGGUUUCUUUUUAAUAAAAGAGGACUUUGGAAGUCAUCUAUUUAAAGGUAGAACGGGUAAAACCUUGCUUAUGGGUCAGUGAUCCAAAUGGAGCCCCACUGCAUGGUUCAGUAAUGUGAUCUUGUGGGCUUGUUGCAUGAAUUUGAAGACAGAAAACUAAAACCAGAGUAUCUUCCACUGGAUUAUUAGCCAGAUUCAGUGAUUUUUCAAGAAGUUUGUUUUUUUCCAAGUAACAAGCCCCACUGUGCCUUUGAAUGAGGCACAUUUUCAUAGACUUGAUUGGAUAAAGAAUGUAUUUUGCUCAUGCAAAGCUGUGUGUAGCUGCAAAUGGAAAGAUAGAAAAAAAGAUUAUCCUGGUUUAAAAAGCCACAAAAAUGCCUCUUUGUGUGCACGUGUGCUUGUGUACCCAUGCGUAUACAGAGUUGUGUAUAAAGAAGAGUACAUGUAUAAUGUAUUUAUAGGUGAGUGUGUGUGGGAAAAUGAAUGAAUAUACAGAUUUAAAAACCUUGAAAAUGUUUAUGAAGAAUGCCAAAGAUUCUAAAGCUUAUCAUCUUGCGUCUGUUCUUCUUCAUUUUGUAUCUUUCCCGGCAUGUCUCUCUGGCUGAGCCAGAUCUCUGCAUGAUUUGAUUUACUUCAAGUUAAUGAAGCUGGUUGGAAAGAGCCUUGUAGAAAUUAUAAAAUCUCCAGUAAAUCUCCUUCUUGUACAUACAAUAGAUGUCCAUGGACCCUUUUUGUUAAACCAGUUUCUCAAUCUUCUGUGUAAACAAUGCCUCAUUGUCUCGCUUUAAACUAGCAUCUGGUUUAUCAUCCUGUAGUCUUGUCAUUUUGUAAGGACCAAAGUCAGACAUACUCAAGCAGGCAUGUGAGAGCUGAUCGUUGAGUGAAAACAUUCAACUGCAGGAAAAAUUGUUUAUUUAUUCAGAAGUUGGGACUGAUACUUUAAUAGUUGGGGUUUUAUUUUCCUAUAGAUUUUUCCACGUGGAACUCAUUUCGGUUUAGGAGACAGGGUGAUGUCUUAUUUUUUAAGUGUAGAUAUGUUGUGUUUCAGAAUAAUUUGUAUUAGAUUGUUAUGCUGGAGCCAUACCAAAUGAAGGGGUUUGGAUGGUCCAGUACCUAUAUAUGUUGCAAUGAGCUCUUUGUUUUGAUAAAUGCUGUUUGAGAUGCAAUAAAGAUUUGAGGUUAAGCUGAUGCUUUUAAUUUAUCUGGAUUAGGAUAUAUGUUUCCCAUUCUUUCAAAGUGCUUACUGUGCUAUAAUGUUUAGUAUCUGACCAGGUAAGCAAGUACAUUGCCUGACAGUGCAGUGUAACAACUAACGCCUGAGGUUACUUGAAAUGGAGACUGUGCUGCAGGAGGAGAUGAGGUAAAGUCCUGCCCUACCUGUGUAGAACUCUUUAGUGGGAUUUCCUAGGCCCUGCCUAAAGGAAAGGAGGGUUAUGUGCAUUUAGUGUACGCUCCAGUAAUCAAACCCUUUAUUCAGAUUUUUCAUUUGAUUCUUAAAGCGAGAAUAUUAGUUGAUACAUAUCUCUGUGUGUCCAUUUGCCCAUGUAAAUUAUCAGUUUUUGCAUUGUUAAUCUGUUCAAUGUAUAGCAUGGAAAUUAGAAACUUAUAUUUUGAAUUUAAGGUAGGCAUUUCAGUGCAAGAAUAUGUACAUUUGCAGUCUAAAGUCUCUAAGACCAGAAGGCAUUCAGAAAUUUAAAUCUAACUAUGGGUCUCUUGGAUGACGGUGGAUUACAGAAUCGUGGAGAUAUCAGAAUAUGACUAAACAUGUCCACUAACUGUACAGUGUGUAAAUAACUGGAUUUGAAAUAUAUGUGCAAAUGCAAUAUGUACUCAUGUUUGCCCAAACAUACGCUGCUACUGAAGGUUGGUUUCUUGAAUAAUCAUGAGUAGGACUGAGGACUCGGCUCCCCUGUGGAUCACCGUCAGUAAAACUCAGUCACUGGCACGUGCCUUGUGGAAAGCAAGCAAACAACUGAAUAAAGCAAAGUCGGUGGAAA